AUGGCGGAAGCGACUUUUAUUAAAACAGAACCAGACGACCAACUGAACAAUUCGAGCCAUUUCAUGAUGUCCAAUUCUACAUAUGGAAUGCCCAGCCCGUCGUUUAGCAACCAAUUCGGCAAUUCUGGAACGAAUGAUGGCAUUGAUCCUUCCGAACUUCUCAUGCACAAUGGCGGCUUCAUGUCGAAUCCUUUCAGUUCACCGCAGAACCUGUCAUCGAGUUUUAACCACGGCAACUCUGGAAUUGAUACUGAAGAAUUGCUCAACUUGGAAAUCAAUGGACAAAACACGCUACGCGAUGGGCCCUUCAACUUGACCUCUGACCAGCCGCAGCACACUGGUAUUUCCAUGAGCCACCAAGGCCAAAUGUCGCAUAUCUACUCUAGUACUCCAGAUGGCGGCCCUAUUAACAGUCCUUUUAUCCGUGGCGGUUUCGGCUAUGACCAGUUUCGGCCAAUACAGCAGCACACCCCACAAGAUGCGUCGCCGCAUAUGAACGGCGCAAACGUGCAGUUCGAUCAGAAUUACCUUGCUGGAAAAUCGCGAGCAGGCUUCCAAAUUGACAGGAAUUCCGUGGACCCACGGAGCCCGAUGUCGCCCAAGACUUCAGCCAUGGCUGGCCUGAACAUUGCCACGCCCGAGUCAGGUAGUUUCCCGUCGCAACCGAUAAGGGCCGUACCACUGCAGACCCAACACCAGAAGAACAUGGCAAACCAGUGGGAUGGCACACCAGGCAGUGCACAUUCCUUGAUAGAAUCUCCAAUCUCUUCCCCCGGCCACCCGUCCCAGCACCUUGGAAUUUCGGAGAUCCUCAAAUCUGGGAAACACGCUUCUCUCCCCACCAAAGUCGGGCAUCAUAGCAGCGCCCAACAGGCUCUGGAGUCCCAAGAGGCAAAAAGAAAGCGUCGCCGCCAAUCACAUAACCUAGUAGAGCGACGCAGGCGCGACAACAUCAACGAGAGAAUUCAAGAUCUUUCCCAUCUUGUCCCGCAACAUCGUUUGGAGGACGAAAAAAUACGAAAGCAGCUCCUUAAUAACUCGUCACUCUCUGGCACUGUGGGCGGGUCGGGAAUAAGCCCAACCAGUGCCGCGACUUCUCUUCUUGCAGGUGGCUGUGGACGACGGGCGACAAGUGGUAACAUCACAAUGGGACUACCAAUCGAAGAAAAGGAAAAGGGUCCAAACAAGGGUGAUAUACUAAAUGGAGCGGUUGGCUGGACCAGGGAUCUCAUGUGGUCGCUACAUCGUAAGCUGGAGCAAGAAGAUCAGCUGGCGGAAUUGAUCACCUCCUUGGGUGGAACGUGGCCUUUUGAGCAAACGGAAGAAGACAAGCGGAUGCGGACAGAGCUACUUGAUGCCAUGGAGAAGAACAAUGCGAAUACAUUUGCCUACAGUCGCGCUCCAGGAUCUGGACUUCGGGUUCCCAAGCACACUAAUAUCGCUGGUGAGCCACUCCAACGUCAAGGGUUGAAUUCGCAGAGCCUCAGCCCCGGAUUUCCCAAUGGUGGAAGCGGCAACACUAGCGGCGGGAGCGGCCAAGCACAAUUCUGGAACACGUCCGGACAUGCGGGUAUGAGUUUCAAAGAAGAGGACGAAUACUCGAUGGAUAUGAAUUGA